AACCACGGCACAUGCUCGGGAUGUUCAGGCAUGCGCCGAUUGCGAGACGUUGGGCUCGGCGGCGCCGCUGCACUUUCUCUUGGGAGGGGUUAAGCCAGGCGUUCAGCGCCGGAGACUCUUCCCGGCAGCGCGCCUCCUCCGCUGCCAGCGCGCUGCUGCCGCUACCGCUACCGCUUCCGCUCCUUGCCCUAGCCGGCCACCUGCCCCUAUUGUCCCCAAGCCAUGUGAUCGGGGAGGGUGACCGAGCACUGUUAUUUGCUUAGUCAUCGUUCCUCGCCCUCUGAGGAGGCAACUCGAGUGCGGCAAUAUACUUCUCCACCUUUCCGACCGAACCCGGCGGCACAGCAGCAGCUCCUCCUCGCUGAAAGAGAGAGAGAGAGGCGCGAUAUCCGGGCGCCGGCAAUGGGCACCGAGAGCGGCCGAGCGGCCGCCCUGCUGAGACAAGCGCGCACUCUCAACCUGCAAACCGGCAACCUGCUCAACUGGGGCCGCUUGCGGAAGAAAUGCCCGGCCACCCCCAGCGAGGAGCUGCGGGAUUGCAUUCAGAAAACCUUAAAUGAAUGGAAUUCGAAAAUCAGCUCUGAUCUGAUGCAAGAAAUUCCUGACAUUAUUGACUGUACUCUUCCACAAGCCGUAGAAAAGAUUAAUUCUGAAGAAAGAGAAGAAUUGAAAGUUUCAGCAAAGCUCUUUAUCACGAGAUCAAACUCCUCAUCAAUCAGAGAAGCAGUCAAUAUGACAUGUUCAGCUCUUGGUGUGGAACAGUUAGAUUCUGUGAUCAUUUCUCCCCCUCCAAUGGAAGAUGGAAUUAAUUUUUCUUUAGAAUAUUUACAACCUUACUGGGCAGAGCUUGAAAACUUAGUCCAGAACAAAAAGAUUGUUGCCAUAGGGACUUCUGAUCUAGAUAAAACGUUGCUAGAACAGCUCUUCAGGUGGGCACAGGUGAAACCAAGUAGUAACCAAGUGAAUCUUGCUUCUUGUUGCGUAAUGCCACCAGAUCUGACUUUAUUUGCAAAAGAAUUUGAUAUUCAGCUGUUAACUCAUAAUGACCCAAAAGAAUUGCUUUGUGAAACAGAUUUCCGAGAAGCUCUUCAGGAAAGCCUCCCAGAUUGCCAGGGGCACGAAUGGAUUCCCCUCUGGCUUCUGCGGUAUUCAGUCAUCGUUAAAAGCAGAGGAAUUAUCAAAUCCAAGGGCUACAUCUUGCAAGCUAAAAGGAUCCCAUCUUCUUAAGACUGAUCUUGACAACUAGCUACUUCGGAGAGACCCUUUCCCUACUACAUAUUGAACCUAGUAGUAGUUUUUUUAAUUGGCAGGUUAUCAUAAAACCCAGAUUACAUAGCGGGAUGGUACUCUUGAGCCCGUUCUUUCAAUUUCAUUUACUUUCACAUACUAUAUGGUGAUCUGUGUUGAGAACAAUUGGCUCACAUGUACAAUAUUGUGUUUCAUUAAAAUUUACUAAUUUAGAGAUAUUGUAUGUAAUCUUUGGAAUAUUUUAAUGAUUAAAUUUAAAAUCUAGCUAGCUAUAUUUUGAUUGAAAUAUUUUUAUUUGUAAGGCAUAACUGACUUGGUACACUUUAUGGCUGCUGAGCUGAUAAGAGGACUAAAUAAACCACAUUUUGGUGGAAUAAGCAGAUGAUUUCACCAGUGGUAAAAAAUAUGUAAAAUAUUUAAUAGAGUCAUGAAUUUAUAUUCAGUUCACUAUGCCUCAAACAUUUUACCAGAAUUUAACUAGCCAUGCACAAUUUUUUAUUAUGUUUGUUAUAUUUUUCUCUUGGCAUAUGUUCAGGAUUUUUUUUUUUUAAACUCAGAAUUAUAUGGCUCCAGUGAAGAGUAGAAUUAACUUUUUAAAAAUUUGUUUUGCUGAAGUUAAAACAUACUUAACAUUUUGAAAGUCAUAAAAAGAUGUAUAUAUAAAUUUCAGCAUUGCACUGAGUGUAGCUUCUCAGACAUUUUUAGGAAUUCUUAAAAAUAACCUGAGGUGCAGUUAAGUUACUUUGAAGUUUAUGGGUUCUUCAAAAGAAAUUGAUUCAAUGCUCUUAAGCACUUAAUUUAAUUUAAAAAUGCUGCAGUUAAAUAAUAAUUUAGAUUAAAGAGGUUUGCUUAUUGAGACUUCAGUAGUUUAACAAUGUACAUUUUGCCAUUUUAAUGUGUAUUUCUCUGUUAUUAAUGCACAUAUGAAAGUUAUGUAAGAGAUGCAAACUUUACCUGGAUUUUAAGUUUUUAAUUUAUAAAUGAAAAUAACGUCAUAGGUAGCUUUACUAAAUGUUUUAUAAUGUUCUUCACACCAUAUUCACGUACUUGGAUACAUUCCAAUAGGGAAACCUCUUAUACUUUAUAUUAAAAUAAUUUUGCAUAAGAUGGUCUAGCAGGUGGCGGUGUUUGGAUUCCAUAUUAUAUUAAGCAUGAAAAAACGUUCUUAAUUCAAAUUUCAGCUUUUACCUGGAAUUAGAUUCCAUUGAGCUCAUUGGGGUGUUAGUGAUAAUACAGUGAGGCCAUGUGUCAGGUUAGUUGGGAGGAGUCCUUAAAAAUUGAAUACAUCAACUUAAAUAAAAUUUAUUUGACAACAUUUUGAAGUAAAUUUUGAUGUGCUACUUUAAAUAAAUAUACAGAUUAAAAUAGUUAUUGAA